GAAACGAGAACAUGGCCCAGAGCAGGACCACCGCCGUCGCGCUGCUCCUGAUCGCCGUCCUGGUGGCGGCCGCGUCGGUGCCGGCGGCGACCGCCUUCGGCUGCUACGACGACUGCUACGAGCGCUGCGCCAACGGCGCCAAGGAGGACCCAGCCUGCACCAAGAUGUGCGGCGAGGCAUGCGGCGUCGGCGGCAAAGGCGCCGGCGCCGCCGGCGGCGCGCCCGCCGCUUGA